AUGCCUUCUCUCUUGAGCACAGCAUCUUUGGCCUUCGCGCUGGCCGCGUCGGUCGUUAACGCCCACAUGGAGAUGAGCUUCCCUGCUCCUCUCAGGUCCAAGUACAACCCCGCAGCCACAGUUAAAGACUCAGACAUGGUCUCGCCUCUGUCUUCCUCGGGUUCCAACUACCCUUGCAAGGGAUACCUGUCAGACCUGGGCACACCCGGCGGCAAGCCUUCUGCGACCUUUUCCCCGGGUCAGAAGUCAAACAUGACCAUCAUGGGAGGAGCAGCCCACAAUGGCGGCUCGUGCCAGGCGUCCCUCUCGUACGACAAGGGCAAGACUUUCAAGGUCAUCCAGUCGUGGAUCGGAGAGUGCCCCAUCAGCGGCGGCUCUAGCUUCGACUUCACCAUCCCUUCUGACGCCCCUUCCGGUGACGCCGUCUUUGCCUGGACCUGGAACAACAAGGUCGGCAACCCGGAACUCUACAUGAACUGCGCUGUCGUCACCAUCGGAGGUGCUCCUAAGAACCGCAUCCGCGGCAUGCAGCCAGAGCCACGUGCCGCUGUUGCCUUCGCGCAGCGUCCGGCCCCCUUCCUCUCAAAUAUUGGCAACGGCUGCAAGACUGAGAACAUGGUUGUCGACUACCCCAAUCCCGGCCCCGACGUUAUCCGCAAGGGCACGGCUACCAAGCCUACUUGUGAUGGUGGCGCUGGCCAGGGUGCUGCUGACGGCGGCGAUGGUGGUGCAGCCCCUUCCGCGACUUCUUCGGCGAACCCUGGUAUCCCCGCUGAAACUACUUCCGCCAACCCCGGAAUCCCAACUCCCGCUCCUUCUUCAGCUAGGUUAGUAUCUCCCUCCACCCUCGUCACCUCUCUCAUCCUGCCCUCUACUGCCCCAGCAUCCGAGGCUGCCCCUUCCACUUCCCGCGUGGAGUUCAUCCCUCCCGUUAUUCCCAUAACUAACAAGAAAACCAGCGCCACUCCCACUCCCAGCGCUGACCCCACCGGCUCUCUCCCGGGUGGCGUCUUCAUCACCGCCACUAAGCCCGGCGACGCCGCCCCGACCGCUCCGGCUGGUGGUGCUAACGGUACCGCUCCUACCAGCACUACUGGUGCUCAACCCGGUGGCGCGGCACCCACUGGCUCCGUUCCCCCAUCCAGCGGAGGCGGCAGCGGCAGCGGUACUCCCGUAUCGGGCCAGCAGACCGGCGCUUGCACUGACGAGGGCGCAUACUAUUGCCUGGCGGGCACCAGCUUUCAGCGCUGCGCCUCGGGAAGCUGGUCCUCGCCCAUUCCCAUGGCCGCGGGCACCUCUUGCACUCCUGGCCAGUCGGCGACCCUCUUUGCUCGGUCCAACAACAAGGUCCGCCGCAGCGGUGCGCGCAAGUUCAACUCUGCCUGGGCUCAAGCUUAG